UAUAGUCAAUUAAACAUUGGCUUGAGUGCAGUUUGCUAUUUAGCUAACGUGAACCGCUGAGGCGUUCUUUUACGUUUUGUCUUGUCGAGGAGUUACACGUUGGAGUAACGGUUAUCACUGAUGUUUGUUUUGCAUGAACACCAGUAAGAAAGUGAACAUGGAAACAAGUAACGGUAAAGUGACGUCGUCGGAAAAUGAAAUGAAAACAUUUAUCACGGAUGCUGAUACAUCCCACGACGAGGAGAGCACUGAGGACAGCAGUGGAAUCAAGAAACGAGAGACAUGGUCCAGAAAGAUAGACUUUCUCAUAGCUUGUUGUGGAUUCUCAAUUGGUCUUGGAAAUGUUUGGAAAUUUCCCUUCCUUUGCUACAGAAAUGGAGGAGGUGCGUUCUUGCUUGAAGAUCCAUAUUUUCUGCAGGUGCGUUCUUGCUUCCAUAUUUUCUGUGUUGCAUUAUUGGUGGAAUUCCAACAUUCUUCCUUGAAGUGUCUGUAGGGCAGUUCAUGUCUGAGGGCGGCAUGAAUGCUUGGAAAAUUUGUCCACUGUUUCAAGGUAUAGGGUUAGCGGCGGCAGUGAUUGUUUUUCUUGUGAACUGUGACUACAACGUUCUUCUCUCCUGGGCCUUCUACUACUUCUUCGCUUCCUUGACAACGCGAUUGCCUUGGUCUCACUGCGACAAUGAAUGGAACACGCCAGAAUGCACAGCGGGGUACAUCACAAAGAAAAAGUGUACUGUCAUCCCUAACGUAACAGUAUCGGACCUCGGUAACAUCUCAGUAGCAGAUACUGAAAUGGUGUCUUGUAACGAAACGUCAAUGUUGGGUGCAGUUCAAGAGAUUACGAGUCUUGUUGCGAAAAGAAAUCAAACUUACGUGUCCGACCCAGUCACUGAGUUUUGGGAGAGGAAAGUUCUAGACAUUUCAGAAGGUGUGGACCAGCCAGGUGUGAUAAAAUGGGAUCUUUGUCUGUGUCUACUUCUAGCCUGGAUCGUUGUUUACUUCUGUAUCUGGAAGGGCAUCAAAGGCUCUGGCAAGGUGAUGUACUUCACUGUGACAAGUCCCUACAUACUGAUGAUUAUUCUAUUGAUCCGAGGUUUAACACUUGACGGAGCUAUGGAUGGCAUUAAGUACUACCUUGUACCAGACUUUUCUAAACUUCUAAAAUUUCAGGUGUGGGCUGAUGCUGGAAACCAAGUAUUCUAUUCUUACUCGCUAUCUUCGGGAAUCCUGGUAGCUCUUGGAAGUUACAACAAGUUCAACCACAAUGCGUACAGAGAUUGCUUCAUGUUUUCUAUCAUGAACAGUGUUACAAGUAUCAUGUCGGGCUUUGUUAUCUUCUCAGUGCUUGGUUUUAUGGCUGUCAAACAGAAUGUUUCUAUUGACCAAGUCGCUGAAUCAGGUCCAGGUUUGGCUUUUAUUGCUUAUCCUGAGGCAGUUUCUCAGAUGCCAGCAGCUCCAUUGUGGUCAGCAGUAUUCUUCCUCAUGAUCAUCCUUCUAGGCCUUGACAGUCAGUUUGUUGGAGUGGAGGGCUUUGUAACAUGUUUGGUUGAUCUGUAUCCAAAUACAUUCCGUAAAGGUCACAGGAGAGAAGUUUUGAUAGCAAUAAUCUGUUUUGUAUCGUUCUUAGUAGGACUUUCCAUGGUCUGCCAGGGAGGCAUAUACGUUUUUCAGUUGUUCGACUACUACUCGGUCAGCAGGACUAUCUUCGUUAUCGCCUUCGUAGAAAUGAUCGUCAUUUCUUACGUUUAUGGAAUAAAUCGUUUCUAUGAAAACUUGGAAAUGAUGUAUGGACGACCAGUGCUGCCAGUGUUCAAGUUGCUGUGGUCUUUUUUGACUCCAUUGUUUAUUUUGUUCCUCUUCACUGUUGGUGUAAUAUCGUAUUCUGAACUGACGUACGAUCGGAAAUCUGUUGAAUACCAUUAUCCGCAAUGGGCAAUAGGCAUAGGUUGGGUUAUGGCUGUGGCGUCCAUUAUAUGGAUUCCCAUUGUUGGUUGCUAUAGAAUUUACCAAGCUGAUGGAACACUACUUGAGAGAAUAAAAGAGGCGACAAAGCCGAAGCUGAGAAAACAUCAAAUUCUCUCCAAAGAAGACUUGUCGAAAAUCAAUUACAUUAGUCCUCUCGAUGUAAAUUUAUAAACUGUGUAAAAAGUAACACUAGAGGGCGCAUUUUAAUUACUUUAUAUUCAUAAAAUAACACCUGAUGCUAUCUUUAAAAAGCGGAGUUGGUGUGUAAGAAGUUAAAAUAUAUUCAAGUUUAUUGUACAGCUAAAAUAUCAUUACCUGUUGUCAGGUGCUACUGAAGUCGUGUAUUUACAUGCUGAGUGUUUCUGAAAUUCCUCAUCCUGUUACUAUAUUCACAACUAAAGUAAGACGUAUAUUGUUUUCGUUUUUGUUAAUUCAGUAUAUGAGCCGCGCCAUAAGAGAACCAAUAUAGUGCGUUUGCGACCAGCAUGGAUUCGCGCAGUCUGGUCAGGAUCCAUACUGUUAGCUUUCAAAGCCUAUUGCAAGUAGAGAAACCGUUAGCGAACAGCAUGGAUGCUGACCAGACUGCGCGGAUGCGCAGGUUGGUCUGGAUCCAUGCUGGUCGCAAACGCACUAUGUUGGUUUUCUUUUGGCGCGGCUUAUAUAUUCUAUAAUGACAUAAAACGUUAUCUUUAUAUAGACUUCCAUAUCUAUAUUUUUAUUGAUUUUCGAAUGACAUGAAUUUGAAAGUGUUUUCAAAAAGGUUGGAAUUACAAAUGCUUGUACAGAAGUAGGAAGAUAAAGAAUUAAGCUACCUUCGGUACCCUUGUGGCAGGUAUUUGUCUGUUUUCAUAUGCAGGGCUUGUCAUUAAUGUUAUGCAUAGUGUAUAGGUCUGUUUUAAAACUAUACUGCAUAAGUAAUUGUCUCGCGUUUCUUCAUCCAACUCUCGGCUAUACUCAAGUCACACUGAGCGGCAUGUUAUUUUGUUGAAGAAACAGACUGAUGCUUUAGGGUUUUCAAUAGAAAUGUAAGAGUAUUGUUCUUAAAUCAUGCUUUUAUAUCAAAGAAUAUAUAAACUCUUAAAUGUGAUCAUAGUAUACGGGGAUGCUCAAAAUGAUAAGAAUUUAUCCAUGUAGUACAAUAUUGAAACGGACCCGAAAUGACCGCUUCUGAUAAUCAGUGAUAAUAGCGAAUAUGGAUUCAAACGAACUUGUAAUAUUAUUGAGUGUAAUAUGGUUCUAGUGAAUAAUGAAACUACUAUGGGGAUUUUUUUCAGAACUUGUCAAGUCAACUUGAAAUGUUUUACGGUGACGUAUUGUACAACAGUGCUUUGUUUGGGAAAUACAAACAUAUACUAACACAUAUCAGGAGUAAUAAAAAAAAGAAAUGAAUGAUCUCUGA